CGUGCCUUAGAGGCGUCCUUUGUGGCUCCCCGUGUCUGGCGGGCGCGGGACGCCCGGCCUGAGCACUUCCUACCUGCGCGGCCGAGGGCAGGAGGGCACCCGCCUGUCUGUGUGCAAACCCGAGCCGCCGGCCUCCCAGCGUCCCGCAGAGCCGCAGUGGUCCGGGCAGAGCGAGCCCUGGGCGCCGGCUGUCGCACCCCACGACGUCUCCUUGUCUCCUUAGGGGCUGUUGACGUCUGUUGGGUUAGGGGUUCGUUUGAAAUAGGGCGUUUUUACGUCUGAGUUCCUUCAAGGUUCCGGAGCUUCUGGGGAACGGAGGGGUAGAAUGAGGAUCGGUGUCUGCUACGCACGGAGGAUGCCCGGGAGACCCACUGAGUCACCUGUGAGAUUCGGCCUCCUCAGAUCUGGGAUUACAGGCGCUGAUCCCCAGGCUCUGCUGGAGGGUGACACUGAGAUGUCUGGAAGGAGAUGAGCCAAAGAUGGAGAGCAGGCGUCUGCCGCUUGCUGGUGGCGUGCGGAGCUCCCUGCUGCCAUCCGGGUCCCGAGGCUGAGUGACUGCCUGCCGUCUCCCGUCACCUCCCAGCAUGGACAGGGGCAGCCUCCUGCCCUUCCAGCUCUGGUGCCCCCGCCCCUUUGGCACUUACUCCCAGAACCAGCCGCGCCCGCCCCCCGCCGCAGCCCUCAAGCCGCCAGCCUGCUCCGACCCCGGCGGCGGCGGGACUGAGCCCGACCGCGGGCCUGCGCACUCAGAGAACACACCCCCUGCCUCGGCCGCAGACGCCCCCGCGGCCUCCCAGCAUGCUCCUGUCCUCUCGACAGCCGCUGCUGGCGACGAGGGUCGCGUCUUGCUGGACACGUGGUAUGUGAUCAAGCCCGGAAACACAAAGGAGAAGGUGGCCUUCUUUGUGGCCCACCAGUGCGGUGGGGGAGGCCGGGCGAGCUCCAUGAAGGUCAAGGGCCACUGGGGCAGUGACAGCUCCAAAGCCAAGAGGCGGCGGCGCUGCCUGGAGCUCACCAAGGCUCCCCCGGACCCGGGGGGCGGAGGAGGGGCCCCUGCCGCGGACGGGGCCCCCGCGACACCCGGGGAUGACGUGGACCUGCUCUCCGUGGCAGAAAUGGUGGCCCUGGUGGAGCAGAGAGCCGCCCUGGCCCUGCAGAGCUACCCGCGCCCCGCGCCCCCGUCUCCCGUGGUCUUCGUGUCGGCCGAGCAGGGGGGACCAGCCAAGGGCUUAGGGUCCGAGAGGCGGUCCGGUGGCGGCGACUGCAGCCGCGUGGCCGAGGCCGUGGCCCACUUUGAGGCCCAGCGGGACAGCCCCGCCACCAAGGGUCUCCGCAAGGAGGAGCGGCCAGGCGCGGGGCCCGGCGAGGUGCGCAUCGCUUUCCGCAUCUCCAAUGGCCGCGAGCCCCGCUCGCCAGACGGCAAUUUACCUGCUUGGAGCGGGAGUCGGCCCGGCAGCCCCGGGGCUCGAGCCAAGGACAAAAUCACCUGCGACUUGUACCAGCUCAUCAGCCCGUCCAGGGAUGCGCUUCCCAGCACCAUGGAGUUCCUGCUGGCCAGGGCGGACGAAGCCAGCGAGGGUGACCCGCCAGCCCUGGCCAGGCCCGAGGAUGCUCCCCCCGCCCCGCCCCCGCCCCCCGCCCGGGACUGUGGGGCGUCGGGCUUCCACGUGGACGUGGUGGUGACAGGCGUCGUGGACGAGUGCGUCUUCUUUGGCAAGGACGGCACCAAGAACGUGAAGGAGGAGACCGUGUGUCUGACCGUGAGCCCGGAGGAGCCGCCCCCACCCGGCCAGCUCUUCUUCCUGCAGGCGCGGGGUCCGGAGGGGCCUCCCGAGCCACCCCCCGCCGACACGCCGAGCGCAGUGCCGGGCGCCGACGACCCUGAGGGCGCAACGGACACCUCCCUGUGCCGCCUGUACCGGCACGUGUCGCACGACUUCCUGGAGAUUCGCUUCAAGAUCCAGCGCCUCCUGGAGCCGCGGCAGUACAUGCUGCUGCUGCCCGAGCACGUGCUCGUCAAGAUCUUCAGCUUCCUGCCCACGCGGGCGCUGGCGGCCCUCAAGUGCACCUGCCACCACUUCAAGGGCGUCAUCGAAGCCUUCGGCGUGCGCGCCACGGACUCGCGCUGGAACCGGGACCCGCUCUACCGCGACGACCCUUGCAAGCAGUGCCGCAAACGAUACGAGAAGGGCGACGUGUCCCUCUGCCGCUGGCACCCCAAGCCCUACCACCACGACCUGCCUUACGGACGCUCCUACUGGAUGUGCUGCCGCAGAGCCGACCGCGACACGCCCGGCUGUCGCCUGGGCCUGCACGACAACAACUGGGUGCCGCCGUGCAACGGCGGGGGCCGGGGCCGCGCUGGCCGGGAGGAGGGAAGGUGAAGCCUGGGCGUGAGGGGACAUCUGCCAGCACCUCCCAGUCCAUCCAGCGUUCGCCUCCCCCCAGAGCCGGGACCAGGUUCGGGGUCCGUGGGGUAAAAACCCUGCUCGACCCUGCUGGUUUUCUACUCUUCAGAGCCGGGGCCGUGCACCCUCAGAGAGGGUUGUGGCUUUCGCUUUUUUUUACCGGCAUCUCAAUUGCGCCUCAUCAAGACCCAACCCCAUCCCCGAGUCUCUCUACCCCAGGGACCCACCAGCAGGGAGCAGACGGCAGCUAAUUUUGGUACCACCUGAGGCUCUCCUCAAGCUGGCCCUCCCCACUCUGUGCCUCCUCAGUUCUUUGUCUCUGGAGCUCACCAAAGGGUCGCAGUCUGCGGUUGACACCUCCAGGCCAUCGGCUCGAAACUCAAGUCGGCACUUUUUCGAGGCAGCCCACCGUUUCUACAUGUUUUCCUCAUUAAAUAACAAUAAAAUGACUUCUUCUGCACUCCCAGUCUCUCCUCUCCCCCAGGGAAAGUGGGUGAGAUCCCUGCCCCUCUUGAAGCUCUUGUCGCUGAAUCCCCAGGAAAGCUGCGAAGCCCUUACCUCAGAGGGCAAGGACCGCGCCUCUGCAUUUCUAGGUGACCCUUCCUUCCACACGGGGCACUCAAUGAGGCGUUCGGGUUUUUCCUCUUAUGGGAGUGUUUAAUUUGUUUUCUCCUUCAUUGUGGUUCUGGAAGCUUCUAGAGUGUGGCAUCUGACCAAUUUUGAAUUGGUCCUUUCUAUAAAAAUCAAUAUUUAUGAA